ACAAAAAUAAUUUACCCAGCAGCCUCGAUAAUGUGAUCUGUAUUGCAUUAUGGGUAAUUUCAAUAUGGCCGACGCACGAAAUAACAAAACUACAGUAGAAACUCUAAAAAAUGGUAUUUGCAGUUGAAUCUACACUAAUGAUGCUAUAUUAGCAAAUUAUAUGAUGCUAUUGAUGUGAGAUUUKAAUCAGGGAAUAACAAAAUGUCAGAUUCAUCCGAGCCUGGAAAGACUSUCGACUCUGAUGAGAAAAACUCUGCAGAAAAGUUUUCAUUWAAUCAAGAAUCGUGUGAGGUCGACUUUGAAAGCUCACAGAACUCCACAGAUGAUACAAUGUCUGCUUCUGAAUCAAGUUGUUCAAGUAGUGGCCGUAUCUCACCGACUCUGUUCCUUCCCGAAGCAAGGGUACGUUUGCCAUUAACACAAGAACAAAAGCAACAACAGCUGCAAGCUAAAAAMACCUCCAAGAAAAAAGAAAAACGAAAAUUGAAAUUAGAGGAAAUGGAYCCUGAGGAUUUAAUGCUYAGGGCAUCAGAGAAAGGUCGAUUUGACUUGGUAGAGUAUUCAUUGAACAAGAAUGGUAACAUCCAUGGAUGCCACGAUGAAGACUUUUACACACCAYUGCAUAGAGCGUCCUACAGCGGACAUGUUGAUAUAGUUAAAUUUCUAAUAGAUAGAGGUGCUAAUAUUAGAGCAAAGACUAUAGAUGGCUGGGAACCAUUGCACUCAGCCUGUCGAUGGGGUGAAGUUGGUGUUGUAGCAAUUCUUUUGGAAAAUGGUGCUGACAUAAAUGCUAUCACAAAUGGWCGUCAAACUCCACUACACCUCGCAGCYCUAGGUGUUGGAGGUAGUGAAACGCUACAGCUCUUACUAUCAUAUUCAACAUUGGAUCRAASUAUUACUAAUAAUCAAGGCGAAACAGCUAGUGAUGUGGCCAAAAGAUGUGGAAAAUGGCUGGAAUUGUUUGACAAAUAGAUAAUUAAUGUAUCUGAAAGAAAAUUGAAAAAACAAAGAGUAGUUGUGAAAAGGAGACUAAKUUACAAUUAUUGUAUUUAGCAUUGAUCAUUUAAAUUUAUGUCAUUAAAAUCUCUAUGAGUGUAUUUAGUCAA